CGCUACGCCAAGCUGCACCGGAUCGGCGAGGGCUCUUUCGGCCAAGUGUUUCGGGCGACGGACACACGGACCGGCCGCGACGUUGCGCUCAAGCACAUUCGGCUGCGAGACCUGCGCUCGCUCCCCGCCGCAGCGCUCCGCGAGGUGCUCGCGCUUCGGGCAGUGGAGCACCCAAACGUGAUGCGGCUGGUGGCGACGUACACGCACGGCGCCAACUUGGUGCUAGUGCUGCCUCUCAUGCGGCUCUCCCUGCAUGCCGUCCUCGACCAGCGAGCGACCCCGCUUCCCGAGCGCGCAGUGCGCGACAUUGGCGCGCAGCUCCUAGCCGGCCUCGCCGCGACCCACGAGGCGGGCGUCAUGCACCGUGAUGUCAAGCCUGGCAACGUGCUCUUUGGCGGCGAUGGAAUGGUCCAGCUCGCCGACUUUGGGCAGGCCCGCCUCCGGCCGGAUGGAUGUGGCGACGGUGCGCCGCUUACAGCGCACGUUGGCACGCGCUGGUACCGCGCGCCGGAGCUGCUACUCGGCUCGACGAGCUACGGCGCGCCGGUCGACAUGUGGGCCGCAGGGUGCGUGCUCGCACAGCUCUACACCCUCUCUCCGCUCCUCGCCGGCGCCUCCGACAUCGACCAGAUGUUUCGCGUUGUCGCGCUGCUGGGCUCGCCGACGUCUCAGCGCUGGCCGGCCGCAACGUCGCUUCCGGACCACGGCAAGCUUCAGCUCCCGGAGUGCGAACCGACCCCGCUUGGCACGCUGAUGCCACAUGCGCCGGACGAGGCACUCGCUCUCCUCGACCGGCUGCUGCGCUACGAGCCGCGCGCC